AAAAAAACAAAAACGUUACUUUACUGUAGUUACGGUACCACCGUAUACGACCCACUGUGGUUUCCUAGCCGUAAGAUCACAAUAUAAAACCGAAGUUCUUCAUCACUUGCAAUACAUGUCCGCCUAAUCACACCGUCGGAUUCGUUGACCGAACGAAGCACGUGACUGACGUUAGCUUUUACCAGACACCUUCAAAUCCCGCCGGACUACGAAGUUGCAUCUCUCUACGAAGUUGCAUCUCUCUCUUUCUGUGGAACCCUAGGAUGCCCUAAGUACACUGCGUGAGAUUCUUUGUCUGUCAAUCUUGUCGGUCUCUUAGCGAUGUCAAUCACGGUAAGCUGUAAUUGCAAGGUAUAGCUAAAGAGAGAAGUUUUAUGCUGGUGUGUGAACUUUCAUUAAUCUUCAUAAAAGUUUCCGGGAUUGUAAAAUGAAUAAGGAAUCAGCUGAUUUGCCAUCUUCGGUUCCUGUCAAAGAACCUGAAGUACAACCUCCUGCAGCCACGGAUUCUGGGUCAGAUAAUUCUUCCCGCGAUGUACCAUCUUCUAAGCUGUCUACUUCUGGCCUAUCAUCAUGGGCCAAGAAUCUGAAAAUUCCUCAGUCUUCGGUGUCAGUGACAACACAAGAUGGCUCACCAACUGGGAAUGCCGGAAAAUCAGGUUUUGCACGUUUUACAAGUGGUCUAGGAUUGCGCUUGUCUCCAAAAGCUUCACCCCCUGAUGAAAGUUCUGAUGGAUCUGCACAAGCUGCACAAACUGGUUUAUUUGGAACAAUUACAAAAGGUUUAGUUGACUCUUCUAAAAGUGCUGUGAAGGCUGUACAGGUUAAGGCUCGGCAUGUUGUCUCUCAAAAUAAACGAAGGUACCAGGAAGGGGGAUUUGAUUUGGAUAUGACGUAUAUCACUGAGAAUAUUAUUGCUAUGGGCUUCCCUGCUGGUGAUAUGAGCUCUGGGUUCUUUGGAUAUGUUGAGGGGUUCUACAGAAACCACAUGGAAGAAGUGAUUAAGUUUUUUGAAACUCAUCACAAGGGCAAGUACAAAGUAUACAAUCUUUGUUCUGAAAGGCUGUAUGAUGCAUCAUUAUUUGAAGGAAAGGUGGCUUGUUUCCCAUUUGAUGACCAUAAUUGUCCCCCUACCCAGCUGAUAAUAUCAUUUUGUCAUAGUGCUUAUUCGUGGUUGAAGGAAGAUAUUGAGAAUGUUGUGGUUGUGCAUUGUAAGGCUGGAAUGGCAAGGACAGGGCUGAUGAUUUCUAGUCUUCUUCUAUAUUUGAAGUUCUUUCCAACUGCUGAGGAGUCUAUUGACUACUACAACCAGAAAAGAUGUUUUGAUGGAAAAGGACUUAUUCUGCCAAGUCAGAUUAGGUAUGUCAAAUAUUUUGAACGUAUUCUAACAUACUUCAAUGGAGAAAAUCCACCUGGGAGAAGGUGCAUGCUUAGGGGUUUUCGGCUUCACAGAUGCCCUUAUUGGAUCAGGCCUUCCAUUACUGUUUCUGAUCAUAAUGGUGUUCUCUUCUCCACAAAAAAGCAUCCAAGAACCAAAGAUCUUUCGCCUGAAGAUUUUUGGUUUAGUGCUCCAAAGAAGGGGGUAAUGGUUUUUGCUCUGCCUGGGGAGCCUGGACUAACAGAGUUAGUUGGGGACUUCAAAAUUCACUUUCAUGAUCGUCAAGGAGAUUUUUACUGCUGGUUAAACACAACAAUGACAGAAAAUAGAAAAGUUCUGACCACCAGUGAUCUGGACGGGUUUGACAAGAGAAAACUUCCUUCCCCGGGAUUUCAAGUUGAGGUUGUUCUGGUAGAUUAUAAUAGCUCCGUUCCUGCAACGCCAAAUACUGAAACUACUACUAAUAGAUCAGAAGGAAGUUCUGGAGCCAAUCCUGCCUCAGCUGAUGGGGGUGGUGCUGAUCCUAAGCAAACUAAAAACUCAGGAAACCAAGAUGAUGUCUUUUCAGACGAGGAAGCUGGGUCUUCAAAGAGCCGGAGAGCUGCAGCAGCUUCUUCUGCAGAAGGUGCAGCUGUCAAUGCCACCUCCAAGUCUGAAACUGAUUCGAAGAAGUCUGAUCAGAUAGCGAAUUUGACAAGAGCAACUGAACAAGCUUCAAUUGGAAGCACAGGAUCGACGCAGGCACAUUCUGCUAAUGAGUCAAAGAGUGUUGCUGUUGGUGGAAGUGUCCCAGCUUUUGAGGGUACCAACCCGGAAAGCGAGUUCAAGGCAAUGGCUGCCGAUGCCUCUGUGUUUACAUUCGGAGAUGACGAAGACUAUGAGAGCGAGUAGUUGGUCGAGUGGGUUGACUUUGUGGCUUGGAAAUUAGUUCUUAGGUUCUGUACAUAUUUAAGAAAAGAAAAAAUGGAUUGCAAGAAGGUGUAGCAGUCAAUUAUGACUGGGUCGAUUUGGGUCCAUUUUUUCCAUUUGUAAUUUCAGGUAUUGUUCAUCAUUAUUGUCUUGUUGGAUUGGUCAAGCUAGAAUUAUUUAAAAGGUCUGAAUAAUUUUACAUUAAACUACAACUGAAUUUAAUGUCAAUUCAUUUUAUUGCUUUCAAUGGAAAAUGAAGAAGUAGCCAUGUAUCAUACGAUACAGGGUUGUUGUAUACCA